GCAGGCAGUGGGUGGGGCUGGGCCGAGGCGCGGCGGCGGCGGUGAAGAAGAUGGCAGAUUUUUUGAAAGGAUUACCGGUCUACAACAAAAGCAACUUCAGCAGAUUCCAUGCGGAUUCUGUAUGUAAAGCAUCAAAUAGACGACCAUCGGUAUAUCUUCCCACGAGAGAGUAUCCAUCUGAACAAAUCAUAGUAACAGAAAAGACAAAUAUUCUUUUGCGUUAUUUACACCAGCAGUGGGAUAAAAAGAAUGCAGCAAAGAAGAGGGAUCAAGAGCAAGUGGAAAUAGAAGGUGAGAAUUCAGCACCACCACGGAAAAUCGCUCGGACAGACAGCCAGGAUAUGAACGAGGACACUUAAACUCUUGGCUUUCUCCUCUACCACUUCGCAGGCGCUUCCUGUUUUGUCUCAAAGUGUGUAAAUUUUGCCCCCUUGUCCCCAUCUCUCACCCCUCCACUAUGCAGCCCAAACCACUUCUGACUUCAUAGGAGCCAAUGUAUUUAUUUUUUCCCCCCCUCAAUUUUUUUAUUUAUGCCGUAAUACUUUACGGAGCAGUGGUGGAACAAUUCAGUAAAUGAUGUAGUCUAACCUUUGUUCCUCCCUUCUAAAAAUACGCACUGUAACUUUCACAGGUUUUGUUCAAUUUGUUCCCUAAUCGACCCGAUCUAUGGGAGCCUGGGUGGGAGACACAGGAUAUUACAGAACCCUUCCGUGAUGUAGGCUUUCUGAUUCACGUUCCCACUGUCCUAUUACAAGUGGCUCACUCUUUGGAUGUGCCCAAUCCAGCCAUAAGCGUGGGGGCCUCACUAUUUUACUCAAAUAUUCCGAAACUGGCACUGCACUCAUGGGUGUCAUUUAGAGUUACAUUGAUCUUAGCGAACGUGUCACCUUGGUAUCUCAGUUGUGUUCUUUUGGCCUGUUCUGCAAGGGCCGCGGUCAUUUGGCAGCAUGCAUUAUCUCACGCAUCAGUGGUCAUGGAGAAUUCAAGCAAAAGAUGUGUUGCUUUUGUUGCUCUUAAAUUCUAACCGUCUCUUGGUCUCAAAUGGACUGAUCUGUGCAACUUCUCCACUGGAAUAAAAGGAUACUCCUCUCCCUCUCUGAGUAUUUGAUCAACAGUGUAUUUAAGGAACAGCUGAUGGAGCGGAGUUGGGUAGGUGCCCUGAAGACAGCGCUUGGCUGGAGGAGGCCGGGAGCCCCUCGGCAAUGAGAUCCAGUUCUCUGUCUCCACUGCCAGCCCUCAGUAAUGGUACGUUGUGUUUUCCUGCACGUGUGGAGUGAAGUCCAGGACUUGGAAUUGAUCAAAAUGUGAGCUUCCAUGGUCUCUGAUGAAGACCAAUCUCUCUUGGACUGUGACAGUUCAGUGCCUGCUGCCUGUAACCCUUCACCGACUUUUCCGUAAGAGCCAAAACGGAGACCUGUCAGUCGUCCAGGUGGAUUCAGAGGUUCAGAGACUAAAAGGAAAUGAGCGUCAUCACCUGAAGGGGACAGGAAAGGUGUAGCUUAGUAAAGAUGUCUUGUCUGCUUUAACGCAAGAAACUGACUUCACACUGUGGUAGUUUAAAUCGUUGCAUUUAUAGCUGUGUUUUUUCCUCAUUCACGAAGCCUGAAAACCAAGAGAUCGCACGAGCGUUUUUUAAAGAGAUCCUGGAUGAGUCUCAUUCCAGGUGGCUGUGGUGGCCACGAGCUUUGAGAGUUUCCGCUGUCCCCUUCUCCAUGGCAUUCCCGUCCCACUGGGAACGCCACACGUUCAGUUCUGGGGGCAAAGGGAGAGAAACUGUGGCUGACGACCAUAUGUGGCGAGGCAGAACCUGAGGAGGAGCAGAGCACAGCUCAUGUUGCAUUUUUAAAUGUACCUUAGGCACCAAGUUUCUGAUGCAGUGAACGAAUUUAACACUGAGUAGUUUAGAACUUUCUACCUGCCUCAAAAAAAAACCAUUACCUUUUUCCUAUGGCAGCAACCUCCAAAUUACUGGAAUGACGUUCAAAAUGCCAGCUGUGUUGGUGAAGAUAAAAUACGUGUGGGUUUCCGUGUGAUUUACUGGCAAUUGGAAGAGAAUUCCUCCCAGAGUUAUGCUAUCAAGAAGCGCAAAGUUGUUGCCUCAAGAUACUGUGUUCACACCUGACCUCGCAGGGAUCAUCUGAAGCCGAAACAAGAAUCAUUUGAAGAGCUGUGAGAUACCAAAAGAGGAAACGAACAUGUAGCUGGUGGUAAAGUGUGACCAAUCUGUGUGUUUGGCAAAGCUUGAGAGCUGUAGCCUUGCAGCGAUGUCUGUACAGUGCUUUAAAGUUGUAAAAUGCUGUAUGAUUCCUGGUUGGUACGGCAAGGUUUGAGCUUUGCUGACGUCUCUGCUAGACAGAGUGAUGUACUAUUAAAGAGAGUUGGCAGUUCCUUCCUGUUGUAACCCCCCGUCUUUUUUCCCUCUGUGUCUUUUGAAACAAUCUCGUUGGUUAUGGGAGCCUUUGUAACACUUCUGAUAUUUUUAGGAGGUAAAAGAAAGUUGCCUUUCCAAAGUAGUUCUGAAGAAAUGGAGAAACAAGUCCUCAGAGCGACAUAACCGUAUCAGACUGGUUGGGUGUUGCAGUGUUGGUUCUGUACAAGCAGUAUGGAUUUCCAGUACUCACAGCAAGUCUUUCUACAUCCCAUCCAAUCCGAAGUGAGGGCUCCUUUCCUUCCUCUGCCUCCUCCAACUCGCUUUCUGUGCUGCUACUGGCUCCAAGAGUGCUGUCCUCAAGCUGUUGCACUGUGAUCCUCUAUUCACCUCUGUCUAACACAGGGUAAGCGUAUCGGGUUUGAAUGUUGCAUGGAAGAUCUUUUUUUGCCUAACUGUGACUUCCUGGUGCCUUAGCGCAUUGAAAACAACAAAAAAUAUUGAAAAAAACAAACCCUGGAUCUUUGCUGACUGCACUGUUUGUAUAAAUACCCAGCUCCUCUGGCUUCCAACUCUCUUGUUACAAAGUGACUGGGACUUAGCGACCCUCAGGGGUUUUUGUACAUGUCUGCAUAGUGGUUUUUUAUUGUCUCUGUUACUGGUGUGUACUAAAAGUUUUUGUUUUUUUUUAAUGAACACUCGAGAUUCUUGUCAAAGAUUGGAAUUUUGGUGGUUUUUUAAGUUGAAUAGUGCAUCUUUUCUCAAAAGUCAAAGCAACAGAACUGUGUUUCUUGCUCUCGGGGGACAAUGAGUCUGUUUUGGAGCAGCCCCUUCCAGCAGAUGGUCCUGUAUUAAACUGAGCUUGUGCCCAGUGAGAGCAAUUAGAUGCACGCUGGGUAAGUUUAGAAUUUAGAACAUUAGCGGGUUAGGCACUGCCUUUUUCGAACGUAAAAAUACACUAGAGACGAUGUGCAGGGCAACUACAGCUUUGUUUAGAUUCAUUCUGGGUAGCGUGUGAUCGCUUCUUUUUGUAGGGGUGAAGUAGUAACAAGAAAUACACAGGAGUUAACGGUGGAAAAACGUCGAAGGAAAGAAUAGACUUCUAGCGUGUUCUGCUGCACAUUCACAGGUCAGUGUGAGCAGUAGGGUUUGUGUUGUUUGCAUUGCUGAUUGACUGCUAGAGUUUGCUGGGUCAGGUGGUUUUAUCAGAGGAUGGUCAGUCAUGUUCAGCUUUCGAGGUGUUUCUGUCCUUGGAAGCUUUUCAAGACCCUAAUGAAUGAUGCCCUGAGCAACCCGCUCUGUGAGAUGUAUCACCCAUGCUUUGAGCUGGAGGCAACUUCAUGGGGUUCCUUCCAAGCACCGGGAAGUGGAAAAUACGGCAGAACCUGUGACUGGCAGGUUUGAUUCGAGCUGGGGCAGACUUAGUAAAACGCAUGGAGUUUGCAAGCAUGUGCAGAAGUUUCUGACAAGCCCUGAAAAUGUGUUAUGCUACAGAGAAUGGUGAGCGGUGGGAUGGAGAUGGGGCUGGGAGAGGAGGAAGGGAGCUGCUCGGCCUGGACCGAGGCUGUCAUGAGGCUGAACUCUUUUGCCACAGGAGGUUUUAAGGUGAGCAGACAUUUUUAGAUGCAUUUCACUGUGAGAGUUUGGGCUUCUAGAAUCAUUUAGCUACACUAGAUCUGAUUUAAAAGAUAAAGACUUGUUUUCUUAGCCUUGUCGAUACCUGAAGCCCCAGUGGGCUUCUGGUUUUGUGUCCAUGAUGCAGCCCUAGUGACUGUUCAGAGCUUGUUGCUGCACUAGGUUGUGAUGAAUCCAAAGGACGUGUUUAACCACCUGCUGCUUUCUCCCCUCCUGGUAGAUGUGCCAAGCUGUUGGUGAACUCCACGUGCACGUGGUUUUUUUUGGGGGUUACACCGACAGCUCCCUGCAGGGAAGGCUGUGAAGUCUGGAGUAGAAAUGACUAAAAAAUGGAUUUCCUUCCCUUUCCGAUGCGUGCCUUAUGCAGCAGUUCAGUUGUCGGUGUUGAGCAGAUUGGUCUAGUGGGAGGUGUCCCUGCCCAUGGCAGGGGGUUGAAACUAGAUGAUCCAUAAGGUCCCUUCCAACCCAAACUGUUCUAUAAUUCUCUGAGUCUGUCAUCCUGGGCACUAAUGUUAACGUUUCUGUCAGUACUAGGUAGUUAUGGCAGGUGGAGCUUCAGAGCUUUGUGCUUGGCUGAACUCCUUGGCGCUGGCCUUAAGGCGAAGGCUGAGCAGGGGACUUGCAUUUUGGCUAACACUGCAGCUAUCGGUGCUUACCCAUUCCUGGCUUGUUUGUGUACCACUAAUUUGUUUGGGUUCAAGAUGUUUUGAAGAAGACCUGCAUAUCUAUAACAGGAAAACUAAUUUGUUUUCCUUUAUUGAUGACAUCACCCUGGCAGCAGAGGAAUCGUGUCAUGUGCUGACCGUGACCAGAAGGGUUCCCGCUGACCUCUCUGUCAGGUUCUGCCUUCUAUUUUUUGAUGUGUAACAGCGUGGGAAAUCCUUUUCCAUAACGAGAAGGAUGCCUUUACCUGGGAGCAGCGAAGGGUAUUUUUGGGAGUGCUGCAGAGGAUGUGCUGUGCCCAGGAGGAAUAAUUGCAUCGUGGCUUGGGUUCAGCACAGCCUGACCUUCACGCCGUGCUGACUGCGCUUUCAGGUUCUCUGCGGGUGGCUGGCAGUGGUUGUGCCCUGGCAGCAGCGGCUGCAGCCCUGGGGUCUCGUCUAACAGCCGAUCCGGGAUGUUGGCUGCAAGUCAUCCCCGAAAGGGCCGAGUCAGCACGAUACCCAGGUGGACUGGCUGUGCCAGCUGACAGCUCGCGAUGGGUCUGAGCCUGCGUCCUGCCUGCGCUAAAUGAGUUAUUGUCACAGCAGCCGCUCGCAGGGCUCGUCCUGGAAUGCCUGUGCUGGCAGCCGAUGUGUGUUUUGCAUAGAAAGGUGUGUGUUUAAUGUCAGGGAGGAGGUAGGACUUCUAGAACCUCUUCUUUUUUUAACUGCUAGGGAAAAAAACCUUUUAUUCUAGAGAUUGGAAAGGCUGAACUGGCCUGCAGGAAAGAACAUCCUUGCGACUCAAACAAGGGCGUGAAAUGCCAGAUUUCAAAUUCUCAUUCACACUGAGCUGCUGUUUUCAAAGACAAAACAUUCCUAGUGUGUCCCCAAAUAGGAAGAACUAAAGCACCUCACUAGUGUGGUUUUAGAAUUGGGUUGUUCUAAGAGUUAAAAAACCAUCUUAUUGCUAGUCUUAAUGCUUUUGGAGGAGUCUGGGUGGCUCUAAUCUUUAUGGUAGAGCUCCAAAUUUUUACCAGUGUAAACUUGGAAGUGCAUGUUCAGCUGGCAAGGGCGAAGGGCAGCCGUGUUAGAACGUGACCUUGUCACGUUCAGGAUUUUUUUCCUAUGGGAGGUGGUCAGCUGAAGCAGCGGUGACACAGGCGAGCACACAUGCCUGCGGGCCCGGGUUGGCACUGUGGUUCCACACAGGGCAUCGUCCGCUCUUGUGCUCCAACCCCAUCUGGAGAUGAGAGCCAGCCCCACUCCUUGGCUCUCCAGCCCUGUGGGGAAGCAGAGCUGCCCUAUGGCUGCCUCACACACGAUGAAGAUGGCAAUUACUGUUCUUUGUGCUAUAAUUCUGCUUUUAUUUUUCUCGCCUUUGUGACCAAAACAAAUUUUAUUUGGCUAGCGACCAGCACUUUGCUUCGCUGCUUCCAGCUUCAUAACCAUCCCCAGGAUAACUCAUCCCUGUCCGCUUUUCAGCAACUGGCGGUGCUGUAAUCCCUGGGAUGUUGCUGUUAAAUACACACAGUGCUUUUAUUUUUCUGAGAGAUGCGAUAUUGGGCAGCCUGAAGGGUCAGAUACUCUCCCCUGUAGCGAGGGAGCUGGUGGGGAGCAGGAGGAGCUGUCUGGUGCGAUCCAGAUGGAUGCGGGGAUGUGGGAUGACUAAUCACUUACUGUAAGAAACAGCACGAGAUCUGGCUGGAUGGUCAGCGCUGAGUCACUGUGUUCUCUGUGCUACGGUUGUGCUGAUUUCCAAACGCAUUCAUUUCUUAUUAAUCAGCGCAGAGGCUGCCAUUAACAGGCGUUAUUGGGUAUUUGCAGUUAAACCGCCCUGUCCUCGGCCACUCGCACAUCCUGCUGAGCGUCUGAGCAGCUCGGAGCUUUCUGAGCUCCGCAACUGCUUUUAUUUCCUCUGGUCCCUUCAGCACAAGCAAUCCCAGGCAGGUUUUCACAAAGCGGCGUCAAGUUUGAGUCUGUUACACUUUGCAAAUUGAAUUUCCCCCUUUUACAAAAAAAAUCUUGUCUUGCGGGGCUGGGAGAAGGUGGGUUUUCCCGAAAGCUGCGUGUUGGCAGGCAGGCUGCCGUUGGGGAGCGACUGUAAAUACAGUGUCAGUCAAAUGUCACAGCCAUUGGAUCUGUUUUGCAUUUAUUUUUAAACUAUUCCAUGUUUGAUACUGUGUACAAUAAAUUUGCAGAAUUUA